CAAACAUCGUCAACAAUUACUCACAAAUUAUUUACGGUCGAACAACUACGCCUGUGUUUUACGAGAUCACAAGGAAAAAAAAAAAAUGAGAAAAUUUGAUCCGUGGCCCGUUUUCUUCAGGAGAGAAUGGAACCGAAACUGGCCAUUUCUGGUUGGCUUCGCAAUCACCGGCGCUAUUAUCACUAAAUUUUCUCUCGGGUUAACAGAGGAGGACGCUAAGAAUUCUCCGUUCGUGCAGAGGCACAGGAAGUGAAUUUGCAUAUGCUCUGUGGAUUGUUGCUGAAAAAUCUCUGCAUUGGCAGUGCAGGCCUCUUCACAGUUUGACAUUUUUUUUUCUUUUUAGAAUUCUCCUGGUUGUCAAUUGUCAUAAAGAAUGAUAUAGACUGCAUUUCCUCAGUUGUAGCCAAUGCUCUAUUGUUUGGACCUGUUUAUUCAAAGCCCAAGGGAGGCAAGGAUGAAUGCAUUUUCCUGAAAUAAUUCUCUGUAAAACAAGUACCACAUAUUAUCCAUUUAUCCAGCAAAUUUUGAAAA